CUCUGCCACCAGCUGCCCGAUGAAAAUCAACGUUACAGAAUCUAAAUCAGUGUUUAAGUGGACCAGCGACCUGGACGACUUAUUUUCUUUCCACAUCGAGGCUACAAAGUCGAGCCGAAAAGUGCACCAUGAACCACACCGAAGGACAUGGGUCCAGGCGACCCACGGUGCCUCCGCUCUCCAGCAGGACGCUGCGCCACCCUUCCUUCAUGCCUGUGUACAUGGCUGCGGAUUUUGCGCACCAUCGCACGAACCGGCGCAACCCAACGCUGCCCGUCAUCACCCCAGCAGAGUUGUUCUACACCGAUCCCACCAUGAGCUGUGGGAGGAGGGUCCCCAACGCGCUCACUGAGUUGAGGGUUCUCGAUUGCUUCCGCCUCAACACCCCACCACCAGUCAUGUCGGCAUUCCCUUCUCCACCGAGCCGCCCCGCCCCGUUCAGAUGGGGGACGCACCCCACCAGGGACCUGGGCAGCCUCUCCUUGAGGGUAAACACUCCGCGUCCUCCUGCGGGGCCGAGGCGGCUCGUCGUCCAGCUUACCCAGGAGGAGGACCAGGCCGUCACUAAUCUCCUGAAACUGCACCACCAAGAAGUGCCUCUCCGGAGUGAGGAGACCCUGACGGGGGCCCUCGGGCCCCUCUGCAGCGAGGUGCCACGUGCGAGAGCGGCUGGUCCGCUGCCGCUCGCGGAUUGUUGGUCAGAUUUGGAGCUCGAGGCGGCGGACGUCCUCUUGAGCGGCUUCGGCCCGAUGGAGAGGGACCGAAUCUAGAAGCAGAUCCGAACCAGAGGGUCUUCAUGCCCCCGGGUUUAGUUUACUGUCACUAUGGAAACCAGUUCUUUGCACCGUUAGCUCAUGUUUUAAUCUUGGUAUUCACCAGAAAGUUCGAGAAUGAGAAUCUGCUUGUCACUUUUUUCAAUAAAAAUGAUCAAACAUUGA